AUGGAGUUCUGGAAGCAGCUGUGUGCAGAGCAUGCCAUCAGUCUAGAGGGUAUACUCCAGGACUAUGCAGUGGAAGGUAUAGACAGAAAAGAUGUGUUCUUCUAUCAGGCAGAUGAUGAGCACUACAUCCCCCGAGUGGUACUGUUGGACCUAGAGCCUCGAGUGAUCCACGGUAUCCUCACCUCCCCCUACGCUAAACUCUACAAUCAGGAGAACAUCUACACCUCGUCACACGGGGGCGGGGCUGGCAAUAACUGGGCCAGUGGACACUCUCAAUUUAGUGAGCACAAUUAUACUAUCUGUGAUUUCUGA